AGCAGCAGCGGCGAUGUAAAGAUUGUCCGUUAUAGUGUUUUAUGGCGGGGGUACUAGAGGAGAAAGAGAGCACAACGAUGUUUUGACUCACUUCAUGAGGAAAACCUGUUGACUACCUUCUCCCUGCUGCUGUUAAAGGGAUGUGGGGAAGGUUUUGGGAGAUAUUCUCUCCAAGCAAGGCUCCAAACCCUUCAGCGGUAUAGCUGUUGUCAUGGCGACCAGCGCAGUGCCUAGCGACAAUCUCCCCACGUAUAAGCUGGUGGUGGUGGGGGACGGUGGCGUGGGCAAGAGCGCUCUCACCAUCCAGUUUUUCCAGAAGAUUUUCGUGCCCGAUUAUGAUCCGACCAUUGAGGACUCCUACCUGAAGCACACGGAGAUCGACGGACAGUGGGCUAUUUUGGAUGUGCUGGACACAGCAGGACAGGAGGAGUUCAGUGCCAUGCGAGAGCAGUACAUGAGGACAGGCGACGGCUUCCUCAUCGUGUUCUCCGUCACAGACAAGGCCAGCUUUGAGCACGUGGACCGCUUUCACCAGCUCAUCCUCAGGGUGAAAGACCGAGAAUCCUUCCCCAUGAUCCUGGUGGCUAACAAAGUGGACUUGGUGCAUUUGAGGAAGGUGACGAGUGACCAGGGUUGCGAGAUGGCGGCCAAACACAAUAUUACUUACAUUGAGACAAGUGCCAAGGACCCUCCGAUGAAUGUGGACAAAGCCUUUCAUGAGCUGGUCAGGGUGAUUAGGCAGCAGGUUCCAGAGAGGAGUUUAAAGAAGAAGAAGAAGAUGAAGUGGCGUGGAGAUCGAGCCGCUGCCUCUCCUAAACCCCACUGCAGUAUUUUGUGAUGAUUUCCUCUGUUGGAGUCCGGUGAAGUCCAGGACAGGACAGUUCCUUCAGUCUGACCCAAAAGCUCUCCCUCUGUCCCAGAACGCUGCAGUCGACAGGGGAACGAAUCAGAACCAGCCGGGCCCGACAGGAGCUGCAGCAAGAGCUAAAGAAACUAACAGAGAUGCUACAGUUUUGCACACACGCAAAGACGACCAGUCGGCAUCAUCCAGAGAUCCAGAAGCUUUUCUGGCUGUGUGGCUCUGCUGGUUGUCACAAGCGUAAUUGAUGUAGGUUAACUUCCAAGGGCUGAGUGGUAGUGGACAAUAUUGCCUUAUCGGUUCGUGUCUUUGGGCACAAUUUGAAGUAUUGUAGCUCGGCCAAAGUAGAGCCAGUCGUUAGCACCGUCGUAUUCAAGCUUUUUUUGGUGCGUUGGGAAUUUUAAUACCUCUCGAAAUGGCCUUUACUGUUAAGCACAAAAGCACAGGCGUUACAGAAACAGAAGUUGUCCGUUUGCACUAGGAAACAAAUCCUGAAGACUUUUUUUGCACUUUUACGUUGCGUCAAAUAUGAAAAAAUAGGGUCUGAGUGUUAAAAUGAUAUAUCUGCCUUACCGGAAGGCUUCGGUUGUAAAAGGGUUAAAAGUAUUUUUUUUAUUAUUAUUACUUGUUGCACUUGUAAGUUGCACUCAUAUAGGCUGCUCCAUUUUUAUUCACUUCUGUCUUUUCUCCUUUCUCUCAUUCUCUAUAGACCAACUUUCAUUUGCUACACCAGCAGCUUUCAAGGUCCUUCUCUUAAGUGUGCAGUGCUUUCAGUUGUGCUGACCUAAAUAUCUGCAUUGCUGUUCAGCAUAUUCACUUUCCAGCCUAUAUCAGUCAAACUUGAAACUUUGUGGGCCGAAAAUAAACUAUAAAAUGUC